AUGUCUUCACACCUUAAUACUAAAAAGUGUUCGUUAGCAAUAGAGUCACCAACUGAAGAUUUUCCAAUUAAUAAUCCUUUGAAUGCCUUUUUGGUAUACAAUAACAGCAAUAGCAAUACCAGUAAUAGGAGUAGUAGGGAGAGAAUUCCUUCAUAUAUAGAGUCCAAUGCUCCUCCGUUUUCGAGGAAAUCUUCAGCUAGUACAGUAACACUGUCGACAAGGGGAAUUGAGUCGCUUACAACUCCCAUACCCAGUCCUGUGGGGUAUAAUUCAUUUGGUGAAUUUGGUCUACAUAAACAAUACGUUUCCAAACCAUACCCAUACUUGACGAAAUCAGCUUCUGUGCCAAAUAUGCUAAAGGGUAGGUACGAGCAACACGAGCAACACGAAAGUAGCAUUGCAAGAGAUUUUCAUCCUGGUCUUAGGCGAAUUUCAAUAUGCGAUUUGAAUAACUUUUCAGAGGAAGUAAAUCUAUUCAGGCAUUUCAGUUCAAUGUCUCAAGAAGAUUUGGGUGGUACUGGUGCAUUCAAUCAACACCAUCCACACGCGAAGUCGUUAAGUUACAUGUACGAUAAAUCAGUUGAACGAGAUUCAGACAUUCCCAGCUUAAACCCGUUCAAUAAAAUGCCACAAAGUGCUGAACAAAAAAGACAAUGGAACGAAGAACAUCAUAGGAAUCACCGGAGGCGUAACUCAAUAGCCUUGAAGUUUGAAGAGCCUAGAUCUUUAUAG